AUGAAGAUCUUCCUCUGGAGAAUACUAAGAGAUUGUUUACCCUCUCGCUAUCGGCUACAACAACGAGGUGUGCCAUGCACUAUUCUUUGUGCCCACUGUAACACGGGUCUUGAAAAGAAUGGCACUUAUUCUUUGACUGCGUUGAAGCCCAAACCAUCUGGCAUGCUUCUGCGGCGCCACAAUGACAAGAUCUGGUCAAACACCACUACUCCUCCUCAUCUUGCUAUCUCCCAGGCCAUGCAGAAGAUUGAGGAAUGGCAGUAUGCACGAGCAAAGGAUCAUCCUCCUCCCACACAGUCAAUAUCUCCUGGUAGCUGGACGCGCCCACAAGUGGGCUUCCUCAAAGGCAAUGUUGAUGUAGCCAUAUUUAAGGAAGACAACAAAGUGGGCUUUGGAAUUUGUUUGCGUGAUGCAAAUGGGUCCCUCAUCAAGGCCAAGUCAGGCUGGUUCUACGGAGUAGCCCCGUCCCACGAAGCAGAAGCCACGACUCUCCUAGAAUCCAUCCGAUGGGUGUGUGAUCAAGGUUAUACCCAUGUCAUACUAGAAUCAGAUUCCAAACAAGUUGUGGAGGACAUCCUAAACUCCAACAUCUACUAUUCAGAAUACGGUGGACUCGCUCAGAAUCGCGAGUUUGAGAGCGAGUCUGCGAGUCAACUUUUUUGCCCUCUAAAUGCCCAAAACGACAUCGUUUCAGAUAGGGUUCCUAAGCUCCUCUAUUUUCUUUGA